UCUGCCUCAACUCUCCAGCGCUGUGCCGGCGUCAGUGCAGCUGUUAUUGGGGCCAAGUUGUGACACUUGGCGGCGCGCACGGCGAAACUCGCGUUGUCUCUCUCCCCGGGCACUCGAACAGUGGAAUUAUGAUCAGAGCACAGAUUGACACUGUCGCCCUGUCCUAAACCCGUAUCCACUCCACACCGUGAGAAAUUUGCACCGAACAUGAUGGAGAUGGGAGUCCACCUUUUUAUUUUCUUGCUUUUCCUCCUUCACCAGACUUUUGCCGGUGGACGAGAGCAAGGUCACCAUGAAGAUUGCGUACCUGGCUUCCAGGUCAAACAAUACCAGGUGGCAUAUAGGCAAACUUUCCAGAAAGGCUUGCCCCUUCUAAAAGUUGAAUUUGAUGAUUGUGCUGGUAAUGAAGACGUGGCCUUUGAGGUUUCUGUCACCAAGUUCCACGUCGAUGGGGACCUGAAUUUGGUACCUCUACAAGAUGUGACAUACAGCGGGACGGUCAUGUUCAUCCAUGGGCAAAGUGCUCACGCAGAUGACAUCGCACAGGUGGACAUAACUGGACUCCCACUUGAAUCAGCGCAUAUUCUCAAACUUCUCGGUCUGCCACAUAGAGUGAAAAGAUCCCUGCUGGUUCCUCCAAUGAUUGUCACUGAGAACCAGAGAGCCCCUUUCCCAAGGAUCAUCGGCAAGGUGAUUGCAACAGAGAAGUCAUGGGAUCAUAUUUUCCGACUGACGGGACCUGGUGCUGACCAGGACCCCAAAGGUCUCUUUACUAUUGACAUAGACACAGGAGACGUAUCAGUCACUCGCUCACUGGACCGGGAGGUCAUCGAUUCAUACCAGCUGGAGGUGUCAACCACAGACCUAAACGGAAACCUCGUUGAGGGACCAGUGAUCCUCGUCAUCACUAUCAUCGAUCAGAAUGACAACCGGCCCAUAUUCAAAGAGACGCGCUACACCGGAGAGGUGCUCGAGGGAUCGCCUACAGGAACCACAGUGAUGACAAUGACGGCGUUUGAUGCAGACGACUCCUCCACAGAUAAUGCCGCUUUACGCUACAACAUCAUCCGGCAGUCACCAGACAAACCAUCUCCCAACAUGUUCUACAUUGACGCAGAGAGAGGCGAUAUUGUCACUGUCAUCUCCCCAACUCUUCUCGACAGGGAGACACUGCCAACCACAAGGUAUGAGCUUGAGAUUGUUGCCAAGGACAUGGCAGGAAGUGAGGUGGGCCUAACAGGAACAGCCACAGCAACAAUUACCAUUACAGACAAGAAUGACCAUGCCCCUGAAUUCACGCAUCCGCUGUUUGAAGCCUAUGUAUACGAAGGCUCGACUGGUGUGGCUGUCAACCUGACAAUAGAUGAUAGAGAUGACCCAGCGACUGGCGCAUGGAGAGCUGUCUACUCGAUAAUAAACGGAGAUCCCACACAGAGAUUCAAGAUCCAGACCAACCCAGACAAUAAUGAGGGAAUGCUUUCAGUUGUCAAGCCUCUAGAUUACGAAGGUGCAGCAUUCCACAAGAUCUUCAUUAAAGUGGAAAAUGAGGACCUUCUGGUUUCUGAUGCUGGUUAUGGCCCCAGCUCCACAGCAACUGUCCAAGUCAAAGUUUUAGACAUUAAUGAAGGACCCGUCUUUUUCCCUGACCCACUCGUUGUCACCAGGAUGGAAAACAUUCCAGUGGAAAGCUUUGUAGCCUCUCUCAAUGCCACAGACCCGGAUACAUUACAGCUACAGAGUGUCAGGUAUGCCAUCCUACGAGAUCCAGCAGGCUGGCUGACUGUGAACCACCUGCGAGGAACUGUCAACACAUUGGCCUCUCUGGACCGUGAAUCUCCUUAUGUUCAUGACAAUAAAUACAACGCUGUGUUCAUCGCCAUCGACAACGGCAGUCCCCCUGCCACAGGUACUGGCACGUUGGUCAUUCACCUGGAGGAUUACAAUGAUAAUGCACCAUUUGUGGUGCCAUCGGUAGCACGGGUGUGUGAAGACGCGCAUGAUAUGAAUGUGGCCAUAGUUGGUGGACGGGACAAGGAUCUACCACCCAACGGGGCGCCUUUCAAAAUAGAGCUGGGAAAACAACCGGGACUUGAUAAAACCUGGAAAGUUACCAGGGUCAACUCCACUCACUCGCAAAUCAUGUUGCUACAGAGUCUGAAGAAAGCCAACUAUCAGCUGCCAUUGCUCAUCACUGAUUCAGGGGUGCCUCCUCUGUCCAACAACUCAGAGGUCAAAGUUCAGGUCUGCUUCUGCAAGAAGAACAAGAUGCUCUGUAGCUCUGCCCACUCACACCACGCCAGCCUUCUCGUCAUACUUGCAACACUCAUGCUUAGCCUACCCUGCCUGUAGUUUCUGCAAAAUGGUCUUGUUUGCAACACUGGAAAGCAACAACUUAUCUCCCGCACACAACGCUGGCUUAGCAAGAGAGGAUGAACACGAAGGAGAAGAGUCUUCACACCAUGAAAAAUUACACAUGACAAUAGACACAAUCCCCGCAAGCUCAACUGCUGUGUAAAAAAUCACUUAUCUUCUCGCUACACUUGUCUGCUAUUUUCCUUGGUGCAUUGCUCCUUCCUUCAUCAUAUCACAUCAUCUUUAGUUUGUCUGACCGCCUUUAACGUUGUGUCCUCUGACCGCACUUAACCUGGACAGCAUUGAUUAUCCCUCCAUCCAGCCAUUUUCUGAACAGCUUUUCCUCACGAGGGUUGCGGGCACGCUCGAGCAUAUCUCAGCUUCCUUUGGGCAGUAGACGGGGGAGACCCUGAACCGGUUCCCAGCCGAUCGCAGGUACCAUUGAUUAUUUAAAGUGUACCUCUGGAUGUCCAGCAUUGAGGUCUGACUGAGUUUAGUUUGUACCUGGUAUCCCCUUUUUGUGUUACGUCUUGUAUUUGCCAAAAUAAUCCCCUUCUCUACCCUUAAUGCACGGUGCCAUGAAAUAGUCAAUCUUAUACUGAACAGUAAACAAAAGUGCUUUAAGUCAAUUAAUUUUCAUUGUUUUACUUAACAUGAGUGGUGUGCGUAUCCUUUGCAACCAUCUGUCUGACAUGCUUGAAUCUAUAGAUUACAACUACACUAUAAACUUUAAUCCAUCUAACAUCAUUCGAUCACUACAAAGAUAACAAUAUUCAAAGUUGUGUUUACCAUAUUUUCCAGACUAUAAGUCGCUCCGGAGUACAAGUAGAACCAGCCAUAAAAUGCAUAAUAAAGAAGGAAAAGAUGUAAGUCACGCUGGAGUAUAGUGGAGUGGAGCAUUUUUAUUCACAUUUUUAACAUAUUAAAAGUUAUUCAGAUAACUAUAGCAUAAAUAACAUGCUAACAAGUUUACCAAACUAUUCGUGUCACCCCAAAUCACUAAAUCCAAUGUAAUCUUUAUCCUCUUAUGUCACUUUUAAACAGCUCCGCUAACUCCGGAGGUAGAAGAUGCGGUCCUUCCUCUUCUACGUCGCCUACGUCAGACUCACCAUCAGUUGCAGUUCCAAUUAUUGCAGCGUUUCGCGAUCCUGACACACAGGCCAAGAGCGCCAUCUUGCGGUUUAGUGUCAAAAUAACAUGUGAAAUGAUAUAAUGAUGUGUUAAUAAUUUCACACAUAAGUCGCUCCUGAGUAUAAGUCGCACCCCCGGCCAAACUAAAAAAAAAUGUGACUUAUUGUCCGGAAAAUACGGUAAUUGUGUAGAACUGCGCUGUAUCAUACUGAUAUGCAUUUCCAUUGUUUUAGUUAUCUUAUUUACACGAGGAAAAAGAAAAUGUAAAAAAAAAAAAAGUUUUGCCACAAUAAUAUACAUAAUAAAUAAUCGUCUCAAUUGCAGAUUUAGUCUAAACUGCUCGAGGACAGCACAGUUGGUAAACAUUUGUGUGUGCAGUUUGCAUGUUCUCGCUGUGCUUGUGUGGAUUCUCUCUAUGUAUCCCAGCAUCCUCCCACAGUCCAAAAGCCAUUUUGUUGGGUUCAAAGAAGCCUAAAUUGUCUAUAGGUGUGAAUGUGAGUAUAAAUGGUCAUCUGUCACGACAUGUCAGGUCUGUGAUUGACAGGCGGCCAGUCCAAGACACACGCCACCACACAAAUCGACUUCUCUGUGACCUGAAUAAGUGCUAUAGACAAUGUAUAAAUGGCUGGACAAACACUACAGUAUCAUUUUCAACUUUCCAGAGUUGUCUGCCACUCUGAAUGUCUUUCCCCAUCCACAACACUCGCUCCCCAGUAUAAGCCGCCUCCCUUUCCCCCCAUGCCAGCAAACACGGCAAAGGCUGAGACACCGUUGUGGUGGGUGUAGAGUGUUGGCUUUUUGAUGUGUUCUUUUCUAUUCUCAACAGACUGUGUUUGAUCUAGUUUGGCUGUUUCAAAAGGGAGAAGCUGCCUGUUACUUUGUCUGCAGUGGUUGUGGUGUCUUAGGACAAGGUUGUAGCCAAUAAGCCUUUAAAGUCGGAAAAGCUCUGGAGUCGUUGCUUCGAUUUAUCUGUUUUUAUUGCAUUAGUUGUCAUGGAGUGCAAUCAGUAUAUCUUAAUAGUAAUGGUGUAAACCUCCCAAAAAAGUAUCAUUAUAUAAAUAUUUUAUUUUUUACCAUUGUAUAAAUACAGUCUACAGUAUUGAUUAACUUAUGUAUUUUAAUUAGUUUCCAACACAAACAGUGAUUAAAGAAGUCCCAGUGAACUAGAGCUGUCGUUCUAGUACCAUUGGUUGGUGUUGGUGUUGACUUUUUCCAUCGUAACAUCUUUGCUGGUGUUUUUAUUCUUUAUUGUGUUAAAAUGCAAAGUGAAAUGUCUGAGUUUCCAAUGCUUAUGUGCUUAGAUUGAAAAUUCCCUCUCCUGUUUGCUCUUCAUCUGGUUUUGAAGUCCUGAGAAAGGUGUAAAAGAAGAAAACAAAGAAUGUGCUUGUGGUGCGUAGUUUUUCUUUCCUUUCCUGCCUGCACUCAACCAACGAGGGGAAGAAGCGUGGGCUCGACUAAAAAGCAACCUCAAAGAAAAAGAAGAUUUUUUGAAUGAGUAAUGUCUGUCUUUUGCACUAAUUUAAUAAACCCGUGACUGAAAAUUGC